AUGGCCGAACCUCUAAGUGAAAUCGAUAUCAAUCUUGAUACCGAAAUAAUCAAAGAAUGGCACUCAAUUGUUACCCUUGUCGUCUUUGUUAUUACUAAUAUUAUUGUGCUCUUCCCUUUUCAUAUCCCAAUUCCCUUCCCUCGCCCAUUCGAGAAUGCCAUAUUGAAUGGUCUGAGUAAAAUGCGAGUGAUAGGGCCACGGGAAGACCGAUCUCAGGAUGAAUCUUGCACUAUCGCUGUCUCUGAUGAGGAGCAGCAGCAGGAAGAAACCGGGUAUUGGGUGAAGUUAAGAUUCCCAAUGAACUUUGUUACGGCACCUUUGAUAGCAGAUCUCUUCCUGCUAGCUAUUCAGGCAAUUGGUCGAGCUGAGGUCUAUGGAGGCACGAUUGGCGCCAACAACAUAUCUCCUAUCGAUAUCAUGGCCUUCUUCAUAACUCUAGCAUAUAUCGCCAUCUCGAUCGAUGCUUCUGGCCUCAUCAGGUACCUAGCAUUUAAAGUACUCCAAAAAGGAGGGAGAUUCGGCCACCGGCUCUUCUUUUACUUGUACGCUUUCUUCUUCAGCUUGGGCACCUUUAUCGGAAAUGACCCCAUUAUCCUCUCCGGCACGGCCUUCCUUGCGUAUAUGACGAGAGUUUCAAGCAACAUCGUACAUCCUAGAGCCUGGAUUUUUGCCCAGUUUGCCAUAGCGAAUAUUGCCUCCGCCAUCCUUGUGUCCUCCAAUCCCACCAACCUCGUACUUGCGGGCGCCUUCGAUAUCAGGUUCAUCUAUUACACUGCUAAUAUGAUUGUCCCUGUUGUUGUCACGGCUAUUGUUCUCUUCCCCUUCCUCCUGUAUAUCGUUUUUGCAGAUGAGUCCCUCAUUCCGCUUUCGAUACAAAUGCAUGAGCUCUCAGAGGAAGCGAAGGCUAGGAAGCCCGUCAACCCCAACAUCCCCAACGCUAGAGGAAACGCAGAAGAAGAAGAAAAUGAUCCGGCAAAUGGAGAACAGGCUAAGCUCCUAUCUCUUGAAGAGAUCAUGAAUCCUUUUCUCGACAAAGGUGGUGCUGGAUUUGGGGCUAUUAUCAUGGCUGCGACGCUUAUCACGCUUCUUGCGAUUAAUGCUGCGAGUCAAACUUCGAACGAACACCCCGUCUUUUAUGUAACUCUGCCGGCUGCGUUCGUCAUGUUUUGCUGGGAUAUUACGUUUGGAUGGCUCCAUCGUAAGGAGACCCGUAAGAUCGCUCGCGACGGUCGACGAGAGGUUGAAAGAGCCCGAUUGACUAGACAGCUAGAAGAAAUGGAGCGAAUGGGCCUAAGCGAAAAUAAGGAACUAAAGCCCCAGAACGACACAAUUUCUCAUCAACAUCAACCCGACUCAACGGCUCCCAACCCUGAAAAUCCUAAGAGCAACGACAACGACGUAGAUACCCGUUCUGGCAAGCUUAACGCAAGUGCAGAGAAUGAAAACACGAUAGGGACCAAUACGGAUGUUACGACGUCAUCAAAUGAUGAUAAAGUUCAAGAUGCCCGCCCUUCAACUAGUGCUAAAAGUACACUUUAUGAGAAGCAAGAUACGGCGCGAAACGACUCAUUUAAACCAUCGGAUAGAGGUGUCAUAUUGAGUACCGAUUCGAGAGGAAGAAAUCGUAGGGCAUCAUUCGAACGACAGGUAGACGCUGAGAAACAAGCCCAAUACAGCGUUACAAUCCAUUCAGAUCGCGGAAAAGCUACACUUGUUUCAUUGCUUGCGGAUUCAUACAGAUGGUCACAAGAGACGUUCCCAACUGCGACGGCGGUUGCUGGCCACCUACCCUAUGCGCUUGUCCCCUUUGCAUUUUCCAUGUUUGUCCUCGUGCAAGCAUUGGUCACCAAGGGUUGGGUUCCAGUAUUCGCCUACGGCUGGGAUCAUUGGGUAGAAAAGACGGGAACAGUUGGCAGCGUUGGAGGCAUGGGUUUUCUCUCCGUGCUACUUUGCAACUUUGCUGGAACCAAUAUCGGAACGACCAUCUUACUCUCCCGCGUAAUACAGGCAUGGCAGAAAAUUCAUGAAGCCAGCGGGGUUCCGAUCUCUGACCGAACUUUUUGGGCUGCUGUUUACAGCAUGGCACUCGGCGUCAACUUUGGAGCAUUUAGCACAGCGUUCAGCGCAUCUUUGGCCGGUCUCUUAUGGCGCGAUAUCCUGGCCAGAAAACACAUCCACGUCAAGCCGGCCGACUUCGCCCGCGUAAACCUCCCAAUCAUUACCAUAGCCAUGGUUGUUGGUUGUACAAUUUUGAUUGGUGAGGUUUAUAUCAUGAGACCCACUACCCCUUACGAGAAAUGA